AUGCCCCUCGACAAGCGAGCCCUGGAAGUCCAAUGGGUCACUGACAUUGUCACUGUCACUGUCACCGUCGACCCCUCUGCUAGCGCUGCCGCUGCUGCUACGCCAACCGCUGGUGGAGUUUUUGUCCAGAACGUUUCUGAGCAGCCAGCCGCCACUCCCUCUCCUCAGCCCGCAGCUCCGGCUCCCAAGCCCGUCUAUGCUCCUCCUCCUCCUCCGGCUUCCCCGUCUCCCAAGCCCGCGGUGACUCCACAGUCUGUUCCCCAGGCAGCUCCUCAGCCGGCUCCUGCUUCGUCGGCACCGGCCGCGGCUCCUAAGCCUGUGAUCGUUCCUGUCGAGUCUCCCGCCCCGGCUCCCAAGCCGUCACCAUCACCGACCCCCGAGGUUGUCGUCGCCAAGCCUUCUCCCAAGCCUGCGCCUUCGCCUUCUCCUUCUCCUAAGCCUGCUGCUGCCUCCCCUAAGCCUGCUGCCUCCUCCCCUGCGGCUUCGGCUCCCGCCUCUGGAAACGACUACAGCUCCAUCGUUGUCAACGAGCACAACAUUCACCGUGCCAACCACUCUGCUCCCGAUCUGGCUUGGGAUACUACUCUUGCCGGAUAUGCCCAGACCAUUGCCGAGGGCUGCGUUUUCGCUCACGACAUGACCCAAGGCGGUGGUGGCUACGGCCAGAACCUUGCCAGCUGGGGCUCCACUGGCGAUAUCGAUGACCUGCAGCUCGAGUCUGCUCGCCGUGGUAUUACUGACCAGUGGUACAACGACGAGAUGGAGAACUGGACCUUCUUCGGCCUCGACAACCCUCCCUCCGGCUCCAACCUGGAUGCUUGGGGUCACUUCACCCAGCUUGUCUGGAAGUCAUCCACCAAGGUCGGAUGCUACACCGCCAAGUGCCCUGCUGGCACCGUCCUCUCUAUGCCAUCUUGGUACACUGUCUGCAACUACGGGGGCCCAGGAAACUUUGGUGGCGAGUACGCUGAGAACGUUCUCCCUGCCCUGGGCCACCCCACCGUUACUAUCUAA